UACCUCAGGAAAACAAUUUCUCCGACUAUAUAAACAGCAACGAGAGGUAUCCAAAACACAAACAAAUUUCAAAUUUUAAAGCGUGUUCUAUCUUGCGAUAUCUUAGUGAUAAAUUAUUCAUCCACAAUGAAUUCAUUCUGCGUUGGACUCUUCGCGGUGUUGGCCAUGUUCGCCGGCACUGCCUUCUCGAAAGUCAGCCAAGACGAGUUUUACGAAAUGUUCAGAAACCGAGUCCCCAUGGAGCAAAUACUCCCAGCAGUCUGCGACAAUUGCCCAACUGUACAAUUACAACACAUGCAAGCUGUCCAACAACAUAUAGAUAAUGGCGACGAUUUUGCCACAUAUGCCACUAAUUUGAAGAAAGCCGCUCAAAAAAUCCUGAACGGACAUCUGCGUGAAAUGGGCCAUGAACCUGUUGACAUCAUGGAAUACAUGCAAGCUGCUAGCGAUAUGGUAUCUGGUAAACCACUACAGAACCCAGAGCUGGAGAAUGUGAUCAAACAGUGCUUGGAAAAUAGGCAGAGACUGGCCGAGGCUUCGGAUGAAGAGAAACAAUCCCAUUUGAACAAGAUGAUUGAGGCUGCUAACGCUAAUGAUGAGGAAAAUACCUACGGAGACGAAGAUCAAGAUCAAGAUCAGGAUCAGGAUGUAUUACAACACGAAUCCAUUCAACUCAGCCAACCUCAUCCAGCCGAAGUUGAAGAUGAUGAAGAUAAUUUUAGCCAAGAACAGGUUGCUGGAAGACACGAUUCCGCUCAACGCAGAAUUCGAUACACUUCGCCGCAAGCUGAAGAAGAAUCUUCAGAAAACUGAGAAUUACACUGCGAUGUAAAUACCUACGUUGCAAAAUUUAUUUGUGUUGUUUGUUGAAUACAAAUAAAUUAUCUUGACCGACAAA